UUCCCUUCCCUUCCCUUCCCUUCCCGCUGCUUCCCUGCCUCCACACUCACGGCCAAGGACCUGGGCUCCCUGCCCUCCCCUUUGCCUUCCCUGGCUCUCUGUGCUGGGCAGGAUGAAGGCAGGAGCUGGGUGCUGGGAUGUCAGGCUGAGCGAGGGGAGGAGGAGGAAGGGGAGGAGAGGGGGAGGAUCUGCUAAUUACACAGAACAGCUCUGGGGGCUGCUGAAGUCCAGAAUGAAGCAAAGAGCAGCAGAAGCAAGUGCUGCAGUGGAAGCGGAGGAGCCCAAGCAUCACCGAGAGCCGGAGUCAGCUGUUGUCCCUGCUGGGAGUGACUGGGGGCCCCCAGGGGAUCCUGCAGCCCCAUCCCACCGAGGUGACAGCCUCCAGCACAGCCACCAAGCCCACUGCCAGCUCCUCUGCAGCCAGCCCCGGGCGAGGAGAAGGGAAGGGGCUGGUGGUCCUGGGGAUGCAGGGUUAAACCCAGCCCUCCUGCAAGCUGGGCUGGAGGGCAGCAGAGCCAGCCUUGCACAUGGUCUUGGGAGGCUAAGGAGCCUGAGCGGAUCCAUUGGGAAGGGGCAAAGGAUGGCUGCCAAAGGAGGGGGAGCCAAGCCCGUUGCCCAGUCCAGGAUGGAGAACUUCCGAAAGGUGAGGACCUCAGAGGAGGACAGCCCCUUGCCCUUCCCCGACCUGCCCCCAGAUGUGGUGGAGAUGAAAGUGAAGGAGGGCAGCAAGAUCAGAAACCUGAUGAACUUCGCCAUAGCCCAGAUGGAGCUGAAGGGCAGCCGGCAGAUUGUCUUCAGUGGUUGCGGCAGGGCAGUCACCAAGACCAUCACCUGUGUGGAGAUCAUGAAGCGGAAGCUGGGAGGUCUUCACCAGGUCACCAAGGUGCUCUACAAAACCUUGCUGGAGGUCUGGGAGAAUCAGGACCCACUGCCUGGUGGCCCGGCACAGAAUCUGACUGUUCACAAGAACGUCCCCUCCAUCUGCAUCCUCCUCUCCCGAGACCCCCUGGAUCCCAACCAGACAGGCUACCAGCCCCCAGAGCCCCAGCAUGGGUUGGGGACACAGCUCAGCGAGGCAGGAGAAGACACAUCCAGCUCCUCCACCAAGGGGCUGAAGCGGCCCCUGCCACAUCCCCACGAGGAGCUGCUGACCAAGAAGUUGCAGGUACAGGUACAUGACAACCUGAGGGGCUCGGCGUCCAUGGACCGCGAGCCGGACCACCACCACUGACCCCACCACCUCCCGCCCCGACCAGCCGUACGCCGGGUAUAUAGGCAGGAGAUUGUAUGCUGGAGAAACUCCGGGGUUUUUCAGCCCCUUUGCUGUGGAUAAAGGCAGUGCUGUGGUAGCUCUGGGGUCACCAGUGUGCUGCAGGCUUCCCUCGACAUGCUGCCGCUGCUCUAGGUGAUGCCCAUGCAUGGGGGCUUGCUGCUGGGGGCGUUACCACAUCCCCAGAUUUGGGGUGAGGGUUAAAGGGUUAAACCCGCCAGCCCUUGGUAGCCUGAAGUGGGGCGGUGGGGGGGGAUGACCUGCUGACCCUGCCUGCGUUCGGCCACCCAGAGGUAAUGCCACCAGCAGCCACAUUUCUGCAGUGACUCCCACGGAGCCAGAGCACCCGUUGCCUUUCACCGAGGGGUGCCUGGAGCAGGGAAGGCAGCUGCACAUCGUCGCUCCCCAGUGCCACAUCUCAGCCAUCAGGAGAGAUGGUUUAGCCCCAAGCCCGUUGGAGUAAUACUUUCAUUAUCAAACUGCUGCAAUUACACUCCGUGAGGAGCUGUCAGGUUUAUUAAUGCCAGGCUCAGCACCCCAUAGCGCUGUGAUUCAUUCCGAAUAAAACACACAAACAAGCAGACAGGUCGCUCCCUCCCCGCACCCAUGGAGCCGAGUGCUGCGCUGCCUGCCUGCAGGACAGCGGGAGAAAAUAAAACAAUCCUUCUUCUUCUUCCUGCAUCUGAUAUUCAGGUCUUUGCUCUCCCAGAGGUGUUUGUAGGGUCUGGAGCCGGGGCGAAGUCCCGAUGUUGGGAGCUGGGGGCAGCGGGAGAGUGAGGUGGUUGUCAUCGUGGCUGGAUGCAGUGCCCAGUGUAGGAUGGGGAGGUUUGGGGGUCAUGGGCUUGGCUGCAGAGCCCUCACUGCGGGCUGGCUCCCUGCGAAAGUCCUUCAGAGAAAAAUCCUUGCUUCUUUCAGGGGGUGAAAGAGAACAAAUAAACAAAAGCUCUUUAGAAACAGUUGGAAUAUGUCUACAGGAAAAUGGGGGAAUCAUCUUGGCUGUGGACCAAGGCACAGCAGGGUGGGACUGCGUCACUGCCGCUGAGCCAGGACAAGGGGAUCUUGGCCAAACUCUGUCCCAUGGCGGGACAGGAUCGGGACCAGUUUUUCCUGCGUGCUGUGGCAGCAGCCUGGUCCCCGUCAGCAUGGCAGAGCCUGGCAAAGCCCCCAUGUCAGCCCCCCAUCUGGUGCAGCAGAGACCAGGGCCAUGUGGGGAGGGCAGGGGAUGGCCGAUGGGAGCCAAGCAAGCCCCGAUCAACCUGGCUCCCCUUGAUUCAGCCCAGACAGCCCCUGGGGGCACUGUGGGACAGAUUAAAUCGGUAUUAAUGAGCGUACCCUUCCCCAAAGCCAUCUGGGAGGGAUACUCCAGCUGCAGCUGUGUUAUCUCCCCACCUUGCCUCCACUCUCUGGGGAGAGCAAGCAUCCCCUCUUUUGUCAGGGCUUGCUUGGCUGGGAAUGGGAAUGAAAGGAGACAAGGGGAACGAGGAGGAAGCAGGGGGCUGUUUUGUUUGGCAAUGACCUUGUUAUCUCCCUCAGCAAGCAGCUGCUCCUCCAGGCCAGAGGCUCGCGCUUAUCUGCCCUGCCACAGAUUGAUUCACUUCACUUAUUUGCCACCGUGUAGUCAAAUAUUAAUUUCCAAUUGUUAUUUUUUUUAUUAUUACUUUUUGUGAGUUUAGGGCUGCGAAAGCUUUGGGCUCUGUCCCACCCAGCAAUCACACUUGCCAGCCUCCUCUCUCCAGUGCAGACACCAUCCAGGUUCAAUUCUCUGCCCUGUACCCGAGGGGAGCACUGAGUAUGGGCCUCUACCCCAAAUGUACUAAAAAUCAUGCUAAUA